AUGGCACUGUUACGUCAUGAUACUGCUGACUUCAAUGGGAUGCCCUUUGUGGUCUCUGCACCUGUCCUAGACCUAGAUGAGGACUAUGUUAUCGGAUGCCAUGUGAAGCUGGUCAAUCCUGCUACAUGUUCCGUGUCCCUCCUGGGGUGGGUGUCAUCAGCCUGUUGUUAUCGAUCUCUCGAGAAGCACCCUGCAAAUGUCUCAGGAAAUCAUUACGUGCUUUCGGUUUCGAAUCGUCUGGCGGAAAGCGUUGGCCUCUCGAGGGACGUGAAAGAGGUCUUUCUUGAAAAGUUGUCUCAAAACGAGCACUCCCGUACGAACUCCUGGCCUACAUUGGAGUCAGUCGAGAUCAUCAUCCGGAGUCGAUUUCUAAGCAAGAGGGAUGUGUGGAGGUUCCAACUGAAGUUGUUGGGCGCGGUCGUCUACAACAACAUGCCGCCACCGUUCUCGGACUCCCUCUACUGUGCAGAGGUUGUGGGCAUGACGUCCAACCCGGCACCCGUCAGCCCGUCCAAGCUGCGCCGGAGGAUAGCUGGCCCGACUUCAACUCAUUUGCUGAGAUCAUGUGGGAUAGUCGGCAGCCAGACGAAAGUUGUCUUCCGGACAAUGAGCUCCCACUUGAACAUUUACAUACACUUGUCGUGGGAGAUGUGGUGCUUCGCCCAGGAUGGCCAACCCCACUUCGAACGGGCCCUGUCCUUCCUCAUAAACCUACUAGCUGGUAUACGAAAGGCCGGCACCAUGUGCAAUCACUAUCUCACUCUGCUUACGGCGAUACGACUGCAGCCUGUGGACCCGGACAGGGCUGGCGUGGGAGACGACGUGCCACCUACGGGGGAAGACGGCAAAUUCGUUUUCGACGAUUAUUAUGAUAUUAUCUACGACGGUAUGACGUCGAAGUUGGACACUGGAGAGCUGGUCCGAGGCCUCCGUAGGAUGUUUCUGCAGUUCCCUAGUGCGAUAGGAUGGACACCGCCAUGCUUCCCUAAUAAAAGUCAUGCAUCACGACAAGUGUGGCCCGACAGUAGCUCGUGUUUGUCGCCACACAAGCGCUCUAGCAGUAUGAUGACAGUUGAUCUCAACGGCAAUGAGUUGAAGAACUGGGAGAGGGCUGACUACCCCCGAACGGGUUGGGUGCCUGCAAGAUGCCGAGAUUCUAACGUAUUGGAGUGCAUCUCGUUGAGCGCUGACCAGUUUGAUCAAAAUCACUUGGAUAGGAAGCUGUACACGACUGGACAGGAAGUGGUGGUGAUAGCCGCGACCGAUGGGGUAUUCCGGGCUACAUGUGAGCCUAAGGAGGACUAUGUUGAGUGCAUCAAACGGAAGUGUCUACAGGGCGUAUUCAGUGCGAAGGUUAUCUGCUUACGACCACCUCCUAUGAACCAGGCGCCUAUCAUCCUCAUCUCCAAGGAUCAGUCUACUUGCAGACGACCGAAGUCUCGGAAUCCCGACAUGCAACGUUUAGGCGAUCAGUGGGAGCUCCCUCGUCAUUUCCUCAGAGCUGAGUGUGCCAUCAUCCCACACACUGAAGGGGUCGAUGAUGAGUCCCUUUCCGACCGUGAGGAGGAGGAGGAUGAUGAGGCUGCUGAUCAUAGCGGAGUUGAUCUAUCCCUCGGCGGUGUGCCGUUACGGAUACCACAGACCCCACCUCCUGAUGGGGUCCUGGCGGGCAGCUCUCCCCUCACGCCCCGGUCCCCCCGCUCUGGUGUCGGCUUCCUGGGAACCGCGGCGGCACCGGCAGCUGGCUACACUCGAGAUAACUGCUAUACCUCUCGGAUGAUCACGGAGCUCUCGGCGUUCAAGGGAAAUAUAUCCCAACUUGUCGUACCACAACUCCAGCGAAUCGUCCUCGAAUUGAACAAACGUGUAGAUCAAAACUCGCAGAUGCAAGUGGACAAUUGGGUUGUGACCAGUGAAGAAAGCGUCCGAAUGUCUAUGAUGCUGGCUAAGCAUCAUCUAGAUGUUCGUCGUAUGCAGUUGAUGCGGGGUAGAGGCACCCCUGGUGGUCGAGCUCCUCUGCCGUUACCACCAUCGUCUGGUGGUGCUGGUGGCCUGGCGAAGUCGCAUUCUCUCACACGCAUACAGCAGAUCAACCGUACGAUGCAUGAGCUCAUCGGUGUUCGUCUGGCAAUGGGUCAGCAGCUUGUAGAAGAUAGGCAACAAAGCUGGUCCAUCUACAUAGCCAAUGUCCAGAUGAACGGUAUUGACUCGAGUUGGAAGUUGGAGCAAUUCGAGGAUGGUGGCAACAACAUACUCGUGACCAAGUAUAGACCCCUCAUGCUUGAUCCUAGUAGCACUUCUGGCGGUGGCCGAGGUCGUAUGCCACCACCAUCCGGUGGUAGCUACGGUCGUAUAUCAUCUAACUUAUCGGCUCCUUCCCCGAAAAACCAUCAGUUGGCACGGCCCAACUCUACUGUGGGAGUAGCGGUGACGAACAGGAGAGCGUCUGUGAUCGAGUCCGAGCCGCCGCCGCCGCCACCUCCUCGCACGUCUAAGGUGAAGGAACGUAUAUUAGCAACGAAAUACAAAUACUAUGUGCGACGGAGGCCCGGGUUGUCCAACUGUAGCGGCGCCAACUCGGCGUUCGCGUCCCCUGUUGAGAUCUGUGGCGAUGACCUCAGGAGUCACAAUGGACCGGCGAUGUCUCCCCGCAACUUGUCACUAAAUGAAUGCCCGGAUUGUGAGCAGUUCUCGAGAGGAUACUUUAUACAUACUAGGAAGUGGCUGCACAACUCAAUGCACGAGUUCCCAUGGAACAGUUUGGACAUGCUGGUGUCGCAGCAGUCUCCUAAGAUCCCUAAUAUGGUCCCACCAGCAUUGAAGGCAGAUAGUGAUGGUCCGCAUGAACUACGUUGGCUACUGAGAUCUGCCCUGAAGACCCUCAUGUUCGCAUUAGUCCCCUCUGAUCCGGAGUUCUCUCAUGAGAGUUUCCUCCGAGAUAUACCGGAAGGUCUCGGUGUGGGGUCAGAUCCUUUUAAUGAUAAUGCUAGGCAGCAUCGUCGAGGGGACUAUGAUGCUCAGCUGGUGGAAAGAUUCCGAGCAUGGAAGAACAAGGUGGAAACACAAUGCGGCAUUCCUAUGAUACCAGUACGAGUCGAUCGGCCCGGCCCAGAUGCAAGGUCUAGGGGUUCCGGGGGGAGCAGCAACACUUGUAGCUUUGGUGCAUAUGCUACGAUGUCGGUUCGAGUGAAUGUACGGAAUAGUCAUCUCUUCAUGCCCAACGACUCUACGAAUGGAUGCUGGGGAGGUCUUGAUGAGAAGAAGGAGUUGUGCAGAGAUUGGCUACAACUGAACUUUGAUGAGAGCUUCCAGCCCCCGAGGUUGUUCCUGAUGUCCAUUGACUGGGUCACUUGUCAUGCCAACUACGUGGUGCAGAUAGUGGACAAGCUGGCUCAGUGUGCUGCGGAGGAGGGGUUCACUCUGGUGGAGUUGCCAGUAGCUCAGCUAUUCCCUCAACCGGUGCCUUCACCGUUGUGGAAUGAAGAUCGAGAGUUAUGCUUUCAUCGACUGCCUUUUAAUCGCCGCAUAACGAUGCGGUUUCCUCCCGAUGUAGCUUCUAGUACGACCACGCUCUUCCAUAAGAAGCUCCUCUAUGAUCUAUGCACUGGGUUGGACCUAUUAGUCUGCUUUUUCUGCGAGGACAGAGGACUCAAGGAGGUAGCUGUUGACACCGAUGAGAAUGGUCAUGAGGCUAAACAGCAAGACCGCAGAGUGAGGCAACUCGACAGUCGCCUUACUGGCUGGACCACUAUGAAUCGUGACGGCACUUUCUUUGUGGCGAUCCGCCCUGGCAGACUAGACUGGUAUGAGAACUACCUCACAGCUCACGAGGCCGGCGCCCUCUCGUUGAAGCGGAUCCGAGAACGUGGUCGAGCUAGCGUAACCCAGCGCGAACGGAUUUUCGCCAAAAUGAGGAGCAUCGUUCAUACUGACAUAGUGCGCUUCCGCGAGGAGAAGGAGAGGGCCUUCUCAACACAAUCCGAGGAUGAUGAUCUUGUGGUUCGUCGUACUGCUAGUUUGCCUAAAUAG